GUACUCUUCAAAGCACCUUAACCACUGACACCACACCAGCUAGCAUAGAGUCCCGGCCAAGAGCCAGCAGCAAUUCGACUGCAGCUCCAUCUGAAAAAUGAUGGAACGCUUAUCCACGCACUUGUCGCUCUCUGGAUUAUCGCUCGCACAUCCACUGCAGAGUCAUUUGAGCUCGGUGAGCUCCAGCAGCGGCACGCAUCUGGGCCAAUUGAUACAGCAUCACCAGCAGCAACAGCAGCAGCAGCAGCAGCAGCAGCAACAGCAGCAGCAACAGCAGCAGCAACAUUCCAGUGAACACAGUCACGCCCACAGUCACGCCCACCAUCAUAGCCAGCAACUGUCGCUGGGCCAGCUGGGUCAGCAGCAUCAUCACCAUCAGUGCAACAGCAACAGCAGCGGCGGCUCCCCCAACGGCAACGGGUCCUCGGCUCUAAGCUUGCACCCACAUCUGCAUCACUCGGCGGCAGCUGCAGCGGCCGCUCAUCACCUGAGCUCGCAGCACUCGCAGCUGCAUCAGCAUCACCAAGCAGCAGCAGCAACUGCCGCCGCGGCGGCGCAGCAGCAGCAGCCCCAUUCCACAGCCUCGCAUCAUAGCCAGGCAGCCAGCUCCGGGGCGGGCUCCAUACACAGCCAGUCGCAGACGCAGUCGCACCAGCCCCACAGCAACGGCAUUGGCCAGCAUCUGGCCGCGGGCACGGGUCACAGUCUGGGCAGCUCCAACUCGAGCGCCCCGGUACACUACACGUCCACGUCCAGCACGUCAAACAGCGUAAUGGCAGCCGCCGCCGCCGCCCACCUGCAUCACAAUUCGCAGGCGUCGCCCAUCAGCAACCUGCACCAGAACAUGGGCAGCCUGAUGAACAGCGGCAGCAGCGCCAGCGAUGUCUUCUUCAGCCUGAUGAUACAGAACACAACGAAACGCCAGAACGAGGAGCACAUAAAACGUCCAAUGAAUGCUUUUAUGGUCUGGUCACGCUUGCAGCGUCGCAAAAUAGCUCAGGAUAAUCCCAAAAUGCACAAUUCGGAGAUAUCCAAGCGGCUGGGUGCCGAAUGGAAGCUGCUCACCGAGGAAGAGAAACGUCCGUUUAUCGAUGAGGCCAAGCGUUUGCGCGCCAUGCACAUGAAGGAGCAUCCCGAUUACAAGUAUCGUCCCAGACGCAAGCCCAAAGCUCUGAGACGUGAUGGCUAUCCGUAUCCCAUGCCAUACCCAUCGGUGCCAGUGGAGGCGUUACGUGCAGGCAUCUCGCCGGGUUACUUUGCGCCCGGUCCCACAGCGGCCGCCUAUCACCUGGGCAGCCAUCUCACGCAGACAUCGCCGCCAACGACAACGCAGGCCACUCUCUCCGGACAGAUGGACAAAUUUGCGGCAUUGGAACGCAGUUCGUAUCUGAGUAAUGCAGCAGCUGCUGCGGCGGGCAGUCAGGCGAGUGCCUACAGCGCCUACCUGGAUCCCAGUGUGCUGACCAAGGCCUACUUCGACUCGAAAAUGUAUCAGGAUCGCGCCAACUAUGCCUUUGACAUUUCCAAGAUCUAUGGCGCACAGCAGCACGCGGCGGCGCAUCAUCAGCAACAGCAGCAGCAGCAGCAGCAACAGCAGCAGCAACAACAGCAGCAGCAACAGCAGCACCAACUGCUAAUGGCCAGCAGCGGAGCGGGCGGUGCAAGUGGUGGUGGUGCUGGCAGUGCUGGCGGCAGCUCGCAUAAUAACAACAGUAGUAGCGGGUUGGAUGAGCGCGAUGCCACGCCCCAGCUUGACGCGGGCGGACAGGUGGAAGCGAAGCCGCAUCUACACUCGCCCAGCGAUGUGGGCCUUGACUAUGCUCAUCAAUAUGCUCAGCAAUAUGGCGGCCAGUUGGCCAGUGCCGCCGCCGGAGUUGGCGUUGGAGUGGGCGUCGGUGUGGGCGGCGGUGCGGCAGCUGGCGGUGGCGGCGGCGCUGGAGGCGCCUCAGACUUUCGUCGACCGCUGACGGUCAUCUUCUGACCACCAUCGUCCAACGGUAGCGAGGAGUUAAACUUGUCUAUGACUUAGGAAAUGCGAGAUUAAAGUUAAACGUAGCCAACUUUACAGUUAAGCCUCGAGUUGUAAAUUAAUCAUAAGCUUUGUUAAAUCGAAGAGCAGCUGCACAGCAAAGGAGCAGAAGCAGAAGCAGAGGCAGAAGCAGGAACAGCAGCCAGGACCAGCAGGUGCUGGAGGACUCUCACGAAGGGCAGAACAACGAGCGGU